CUGGUCACCUCCUUCCCCUCGCCCCUCGGUAGUUAUAAGAGACCUCUCCGCCCGCUCCUCUCCUCUCUUCUCUCCGCUCCACCCACUCUCCUCUCUCCUCUGCUCUCUCUCUCUCUCUGCUCCCUCCCGAUCUGCGGCCCGAGGGAUUUCGAAGCUGCGGGACAGAAGAUCUGCGCGAAAUUGAGGAGAGGGACGGAGGCGCCAGGGCCGGGAGGCGGCGAGGAAUGGACGGCCACGGAGGGGGAGGCGGCGGCGGCGGCGCCGCAGGAGGCAAGCUGACGCGGACCCCGUCUUCGCUGCUGCGGUCCCCCACUGUGCGCAACUGCUCGUCCUUCCAGGCGGUGGUGGUCGAGGACCCGGAGCCCGACGACAAGAAGUCGCAGGCGGCGGCGCAGGGCAAGACCCUGCACCCGCACCUCCGCCCCGGCGGCUCGCCCCACCCGCUCCUCAUCCUGGCCCUCCCGCUCGUCCUGCUCCUCCUGCUGCUCCUCCUCCGCGACGACCGCCACAUCGUCCUCCUCGCGGCCGCCGCCACCGCCGCGCUCGCCGCGGCGGCCGCGGCCGCGCGACUCCUCCGCGGGCGCCUGCGGAUGCGCCGCUCCUCGGCGUCCGGGUCCGUGCAGUGGUUCAUCGGCGACGAGGAUGACAAGCCGCAGGGUCGGGACGGCAAGGGGAAAGGCGGCGGCGCCGCGCACGGCCGCGUCGUGCGGGAGGGCGUGGAGUUCUACAGCAAUGGGGACUGCUACGAGGGGGAGUUCCACAAGGGCCGCUGCAACGGCAGCGGCGUCUACAACUUCUUCGGCAAGGGGAAAUACGAAGGGGACUGGGUGGAUGGCAAGUACGACGGCUACGGCAUCGAGAGCUGGGCGCGCGGCAGCCGGUACCGCGGCCAGUACCGCCAGGGCCUACGCCAUGGGCACGGGGUCUACCGCUUCUACAGCGGCGACUGCUACGCCGGCGAGUGGGCCGGUGGCCAGAGCCAUGGCAUCGGUGCGCAGACCUGCUCCGACGGGAGCUCCUACGUAGGAGAGUUCAAGUGCGGCGUCAAGCACGGCCUCGGCAGCUACCAUUUCCGAAAUGGUGAUCGGUAUGCUGGGGAGUACUUUGGGGACAAGAUCCAUGGGUUUGGUGUCUAUAGCUUUGCCAAUGGCCAUUGUUACGAAGGCUCUUGGCAUGAAGGCAAGAAGCAAGGAUUUGGGAUGUACACAUUCCGGAAUGGUGAUAAGCGAUCGGGGGACUGGGAUUUUGGGACACUCAAGAGCCCCCUUCCUCCAACUGACCCUUCUGUUGAGCGUGCCGUGCAGGCUGCACAACGGGCUGCGGAGAAUGCCUUUCACCUGCCGAGAGUAGACGAACAGGUGCACAAGGUGGUCAUGGCUGCAAACAGGGCAGCCACUGCUGCUCGAGUGGCGGCAAUCAAGGCAGUCCAGAACAGGAUGGACGGGAAAUUCUGUGAUACCUAUGUGUGAAGUGUGCUCAAGCAUCCUUGAAAUUUUCUUCUAACUGUACAUUAGGGUAGUGAAGGACAAUAACUAAUCGGAGACGACGACCGGGGUAGCACAACCGCUUGCUCCGAGUCAGAGAGAGAUCAGCAACAGACGGGAGCUGCUGAGGAGCUGAGCUGAACAGUUUUCUUUAGCAAAGACAGCUCAGAUUCUGCGAUAUCGCAAUCGCGAUCGGUGGUCCCUUUCCCCCUUCCUGCAAGCUGUAAAUUGUACAUAGAUCCAAGUGUAUCAAUGGAAGUGCCAGUUUUUUUUCA